GCCGGAUUACAUCAGUUCGAUUCUCUGUGGUGUGUGACAGCUCUCGAAGAGAAGGACAGCUCCUUACCGAUCAGCUGGUUCUUGGAGAACGUGACAUCAAAUACACUGCUUGAAGAUGCCAUGCUACGAGCUUAUGUGUCGCCCACAAUUGCCAUUCUCCUCAGUGUACCCCCGGCCACUGCAACAACCUCAUCCAGUGGGUUGAGCGAAUGCUCUGUCGUAAAUGUACACCUGACAGACUGGGAAGAUUACUACUUGUGGCGUGGUUUCGCUUCCCCAUACGAACCAGCUGCACCGGUUUUAUCGGGUCAUGGAUUGUCCAAUCCUGUGGCAAUUUUACUCCAUUGGCCGUUGACUAUCUACUACAUUUUGUCUCAUAUGCUAGAACAGUCACAUCCUCAAACUGUCCUUUCGGUUCUAUCGAAACGCACGCUGGAAAUUCAUGUGGUUGGUGUGGAACACGAACUAUCCUUGUUGCCUGUGUUCAAGGUGAGUUGUACACCCCGAUCGCGCACAGAUGCCUGUCCACCGUCCAAGCAUCAAGUUGAAGCAUGUAUAUUUUCCUUGUUAUCCUUGAAGUGA